UCUUCUUAUAAGUAGAGAGGGAGACGCAGCGUGUGGCAUCCAAAGCUCUCUCUCUCUCUCUCUCAUAGCUAGCUAGAGCAUGCAGCUACUAGCUAGCAAGCUUAAUUAGCAGCCACACAUUAGAGUCACAAAGUGAGAGAGAAGGAGGAGCUUCACAAGCUCGAUCGAGAGAGCAAACUAAGCAAGCAGCCAUGGCUGCUCCUCCUCUCUCGUCGUGGCCAUGGGCAAGCCUCGGCUCGUACAAGUAUGUGUUGUACGGGGCGGUGGUGUGGAAGGUGGCGGAGGAGUGGAGGCAGCAAGGGGCGGCGCCGGUGGGGUCGUGGUGGCUCCACCUGCUGCUGCUGUUCGCCGCCCGCGGGCUCACCUACCAGUUCUGGUUCUCCUACGGCAACAUGCUCUUCUUCACCCGCCGCCGCCGCGUCGUCCCCGACUCCGUCGACUUCCGCCAGGUCGACGCCGAAUGGGACUGGGAUAACUUUCUGCUGCUGCAGACGCUGAUAGGGGCAACGUUGGUGGGGAGCCCGGCGGUGGCGCGGCAGCAGCUGCUGCUCCCAAGCCUGAAGCAAGCGUGGGACCCACGCGGGUGGGCCAUCGCACUGCUGCUGCAUGUGUUGGUCGCUGAGCCGCUCUUUUACUGGGCCCACCGGGCCCUGCACCGGGCCCCACUCUUCAGCCGCUACCACGCCGCUCACCACCACGCCUCGGUCACCACACCCUUGACAGCUGGAUUUGGGACGCCACUGGAGAGCCUGCUGCUGACGGUGGUGAUAGGGGUCCCACUCGCAGGGGCCUUUCUGAUGGGGGUAGGGUCCGUGGGCCUGGUCUAUGGACACGUCCUUUUGUUUGACUUCUUGAGGUCCAUGGGCUACAGUAACGUGGAGGUGAUAUCCCCUAGGGUCUUCCAGGCUGUUCCUCUUCUCAGAUACCUCAUCUACACCCCUACGUACCUGAGCCUGCACCACAGGGAGAAGGACUCAAACUUCUGCCUGUUCAUGCCUAUUUUUGAUCUCCUGGGGGGCACCCUCAACCACAAGUCAUGGGAGCUGCAAAAGGAGGUCUACUUAGGCAAGAACGAUCAGGCGCCGGACUUCGUGUUCCUGGCACACGUGGUGGACAUCAUGGCGUCGAUGCACGUGCCGUUCGUGCUCCGGUCGUGCAGCUCGACGCCGUUCGCCAACCACUUCGUCCUCCUCCCGUUUUGGCCGGUCGCCUUCGGCUUCAUGCUGCUCAUGUGGUGCUGCUCCAAGACCUUCCUCGUCAGCUCCUACCGCCUCCGCGGCAACCUCCACCAGAUGUGGACUGUCCCCCGAUAUGGGUUUCAGUACUUCAUACCGGCGGCGAAGAAAGGCAUCAACGAGCAGAUCGAGCUGGCCAUCCUGCGUGCAGAUCGGAUGGGCGUCAAGGUGCUCAGCCUCGCCGCUCUCAAUAAGAACGAGGCACUGAAUGGAGGUGGCACGCUGUUCGUGAACAAGCACCCGGAGCUGAGGGUGAGGGUGGUGCACGGCAACACCCUGACGGCGGCCGUGAUCCUCAACGAGAUCCCCAGCAACGUCAAGGACGUCUUCCUCACCGGCGCCACCUCCAAGCUCGGCAGAGCCAUCGCCCUCUACCUCUGCAGAAAAAAGAUCAGAGUCCUGAUGUUGACAUUGUCGUCGGAGAGGUUUCUGAAGAUUCAGAGGGAAGCACCGGCAGAGUUCCAGCAGUACCUCGUGCAGGUCACCAAGUACCAGCCUGCACAAAACUGCAAGACGUGGCUGGUGGGGAAGUGGCUGUCGCCGAGGGAGCAGAGGUGGGCGCCGGCGGGGACACACUUCCACCAGUUCGUGGUGCCGCCGAUCAUCGGGUUCCGGCGAGACUGCACCUACGGCAAGCUCGCCGCCAUGAGGCUCCCCAAGGACGUCCAGGGCCUCGGCUACUGCGAGUACACGAUGGAACGCGGGGUGGUGCACGCGUGCCACGCCGGCGGCGUGGUGCACUUCCUGGAAGGGUGGGAGCACCACGAGGUGGGCGCCAUCGACGUCGACCGGAUCGACGUCGUCUGGAAGGCGGCGCUCAAGCACGGCCUCACGCCGGCGUGACCGCCGCCGCCGGAGGCCAGCGGCGAAGCCAACGAGAACGGCCGGCGAUCUUGUGGGAUUUGGUGUGCUGUAAGAUAGAAGAAAUGUACGAGAAAAAAACGAUUUGCCGUGGGAUUUAAAUUAAUUAAAAUUUAAUCAAACUCCCUAUAGCAUCUCUUGGUUUGGAAAUAGUCGAGUCAUCUCUUGUGGCA